AUGAAGGCCUCAAUCAUUAGCACCGCCAUUCUGGCCACCGCUGCCUCUGCUGCACCUGCUCUUCAUCUCGAGGCCAACUUCUACCGCGAGGCCAUCGCCAAGUUCUCCGCCGCUGACUUCGCUGCCGCUGGCUUCAACGACACCAACUUCUACAAGAACCUCCAGGAGAUUGGCCGCGAUGAGCAGACCCACGUCGACUUCUUGACCACCGCAUUGAACGGAGCUGGUGUCACACCCGUCGCCGCCUGCACAUACGACUUUGGCAACCUCACACCCUCCACCUUCCUGGCCACCGCAUCCAUCAUCGAGGGUGUUGGUGUGAGCGCAUACCUCGGCGCUGCCGCCCUCAUCACAAACAAGGCCUACCUCACCGCAGCAGGCUCCAUCCUGACCGUUGAAGCCCGCCACAAUGCCUUCAUCCGUGGCAACCUCGAGAUGUCGCCCUUCCCCCAGCCUUUCGACGUCCCUCUCGACUUUGACCAGGUCUACUCGCUCGCAGCCCCCUUCAUCAAGUCUUGCCCUGCCUCAAACCCCACACUCCCCGUCAAGGCUUUCCCCACGCUCAGCGUUGGCAAGGACGUCCAGAUGCCCAUCAUGCAGGGCGAGACCAUUGAGUUCGACCUCGCAGCCGACAUGCAGGUCCCCGCUGGUCCCCUCUUCGUUGCCUUCCCCCUGGCCACAGGCACCAUGUUCUCAUCUGCUGUGGUCAAGGACUGCAAGAUCUACGCCAGAGUCCCUGUUAGCGUUUACGGUCCUACCGGCGAGUCGUUUGCCAUCUUGACCACCAACUCGACUGUUGUCAACGAUGACAACACUGUUGCCGGACCUGCUGUUGUGGAGAUCAUGUCGUCUUACCUUGCUUAA